AUGCCAGACCAGCCUAUAAAAUUAUACUAUCUCCCACCAUCACCGCCAUGUCGGGCUGUUAUGAUGACCGCAAGAGUUUUAAAUCUAGAACUAGAUUUAGUUCUUACUGAUAUCAUGAAUGGAGAACAUAAGACGCCAGAGUUCUUAGAGAUGAAUCCUCAACAUACAAUACCGACGAUGGAUGACAACGGGUUCAUUUUAUGGGAAAGUCGAGCUAUUAUGGCUUACUUUGUGAAUGCUUAUGGUGCUGACGAUUCUUUAUAUCCGGAGGAACCCAAACAACGAGCUAUCGUCGAUCAGAGGCUGAACUUUGAUCUUGGCACUUUAUUCUUGCGGUAUUUGAAGUUAUACGCACCGAUUUUAUUUCAUGGGGAAGCUUAUGAUGAAACAAAAGCUAAGAUGCUAGAUGAAGCACUGGGAUGGUUAAAUUCAAUGCUGGAAGGACGUGCGUUUGUCGCUGGAGACAAACUCACAAUUGCGGAUAUAACAAUUAUUGUUACUAUUAGUAAUUUGGAUGCUUUAGGUUAUGACUUCAGUGCCCAUGAAAAUGUUAAGAACUGGUACGAGAGGACCAAAACGGAACUAGAACCCUAUGGGUACGAAGAGAUUAAUGUAAACGGGGCAAAUAUCUUAGCUUCGUUUCUCAAGAAAGAUUAA